GUGUGAUGCUGGGUUAGCCAGACUGUCUGCAGAGCAUAAAAUUACAUAUGAAAGACUUCAGAGCCUAAGUAAAGACCAACACACCUCCAAGCUGAUCUUAGAAUCUAAAAUCAAAGAGGCAGAAAUACAGAUUUCUCAUCUGCUGAGCAGAGUAGAGCAAUCAAUAAUGCAACAAGAAGCAAAGAUGAAGAUUGCCUACAAAGAGAGCAACCAACAGCUGCAACUCCUGGACACGAAAUUAAAAAAUGCUAUUGAGGAGCUCAGCAGCCAGAUUUUGUCAGCACGUAGCUGGUUGGAACAGGAACAUGAAAGGAUUGAAAAAGAGCUUGUGCAAAAAGUCAACCAACUGUCCCUGACUUUUAAGGAAAACACUGAAAUGAGUGAGAGAGCUAUUGAGAUCAAAUUCAACCAAAUGGCAGAGAAAAUUGACAAAAUAGAAGCAAUGCAGAAGAUAACCAUGGAAGCACAUGAAGCAAAACAGACUGAAGAAAAGAUAAAUAUUCGCAUUGGCAAACUUCAAAAUGAGAUAAAUGAGGAUAUAAAAGAAAUGAAAGCCGAAGUUAAUGCUGGAUUUGCGGCUAUCUAUGAGAGCAUUGGGUCUCUACGACAAGUUCUAGAAGCAAAAAUGAAGCUGGACAGAGAUGAACUACAGAAGCAGAUCCAGCAAAUGAAGCAGGAGGUUCCAAGAUGGGGAGAUGCUGGACCAUGACUGCAAGAUUUUGUCUGAGAGAUCAAUGUUCACCUGGCUAAACAGGCAGGCUACAGUCUUGUUCCAGUCUGUAAUCCAAAUUAAGUGCAUGUACCAAAUGACAUGCUGCUGUUGCACAGAUCUGUAUGUUUACUCAAAGCAGUAAGUGUAAGCUCUUCAAGGAUACCUGAGCCUUUGGGGCCGAGGGGCUGAUUUGCCACUGCACUGCUCUAGUUGCUGUCAGGACAUUAAGCACUGUGUAAAACUGGAGUAAUACAUUGGUGAAGUUGGCAACCAGUUUGCUAAAGGCAUUUGCAGGCUUAAUCAGGCAGGUAUAUGCUUUUAUAGAGAAGCACCUGCACACACACCCCUU